AUGACCUGUCCUCUCUCCUCUUCGACUGUCUUUGUCAUGGUGUGUGUCUCUGCAGGUAUAGCCUCCUAUCAGUGCAUGUCAUCUCCAGUGGGCUGGAGCUCCAGAGGGCCUGACCUUUCCAACUGUACCUCUCCCUGGGUCAGCCAAAUUGCACAGAAGAUUAAGAGCGGAGAGAACGCAGCCAACAUCGCCGGGGAGUUGGUCAACCUGACCAGGGGGCGGAUCUAUGCCGGUGAUGUCAGCAUGUCCGUCAGGCUAAUUGAACAGUUAUUGGACAUUCUGGACUCCCAGCUCCAAGCCCUGAGACCAGCCAAUAAAGAGUCUGCAGCACGCAAUUACAACAAGCUGCAGAAGAGGGAACGCACCUGCAGAGCUUACGUUCAGGCUGUCGUUCAGACAGUUGAUAACCUGUUGGGUCCAGAGGCUCUCGUGUCCUGGGCUGACAUGAGCAGUGUGGACCAAUCACGCUCCGCAUCACUGCUGUUAGACGCAGUCGAGAAAGGAGCGUUUCUAUUGGCCAACAACCUAUACGAAGGCCGUUUCAGUGACAGAGCACCAAAUGUUGAUCUGGAGGUGUAUGUGCUAAACACAGAGGCGGACAUACAGGACCUGACGUUCCCUCACUCCUACGACAGCGACAGCAUCUUGCAGAUAUCAGCUCUGGCGCUGCAGCAGUACAGCAACAAUGGCCAGGUGAAGCUGGUCCUCUCUCUCUAUAAGAACUUGGGCUCCUUCCUGACAACCCAGAAUUCCACUCUGAGGCUCGGGCUGGGGCUGGGCCAGGGCUCAGAGGUCAGGCGUAAGAGCCUGGUGGUCAACUCCCAUGUGAUCUCUGCCUCUGUGCACAGAGGAUCCAACAGAGUGUACCUCUCUGAGCCCGUGAUCUUCACCCUCAGGCACCUGCAGCUGGAGAACCACUUUGGCCCCAACUGCUCCUUCUGGAACACAACAGGGUUUUCUGGGAGCGGCAGGUGGGCGACGCAGGGCUGCCGCCUGCUGCACACCAACAACACACACACUACCUGCGCCUGCAACCACCUGUCCAGCUAUGCUGUCCUCAUGACUUAUCAGCAACCUGUUUUCGGGGUCGGCGUAGAAGAGCUUCUGGUCUAUGUGGUUUCUUGGGUUGGCAUCUCUGUAGCACUGGUGUGUUUGGCCACCUGCCUUACAACCCUGUGCUGCCAGGGGGCACCCUGGCACACAGACCACAGCACCAUCCACUGCAACUUGUGGGCCAACCUGCUCAUCACUGAACUGCUCUUCCUUGUUGGCGCCAACAAGACACAGUACACAGUGGUGUGCUCCAUCAUUGCUGGCUUGCUGCACUUCUCGCUGCUCUCAGUGUUUUGCUGGUUGUGUCUGGAGGGGGUGGAACUUUACCUGCUGCAGCGGGAGGUAUUUGAGGGUCGCAACUCCAGGAGGAAGUAUUUCUACCUGUGUGGCUACUCCAUUCCUGGGUUGGUGGUGGCCGUGUCUGCAGCAAUAGACUUCAGAGGCUAUGGCUCAAAGACGGCAUGUUGGCUACGAACAGACAACUACUUCAUCUGGAGUUUCCUUGGACCUGGUGCUGUCAUCAUCAUGUUGAACCUUGUUGUCUUGGUGAUGACCUUACAUAAGAUGCACAGCACCGCAGCUUUGAAGCCAGACUCCAGUCGCCAUGACAACCUGAGGUUCGUAUAGUGCCUUAGGCUC